AUGGCCGGCUCAGAGCCGGGCUCCGACGAGGCUCUCACCAAAGAGGAGAUCCAAGGCUCAUCCGAAACACCUUCUACCGGUGAGAAGCGCAAAAACGCAUGUUCGUGUUUGCCCAUCAUUCACCUCACUCUCCCUCCCCGUUCAGCCAUGACUCACAAUUCCAACUUCCUUUACGCAGUCACCGCGCUCAUGGCGCCCAGGAAGAAACCAGAAACACCCGCACGCUCCACCGGCGGCAACCCGUUCAAGGACCGGAUGGGCCUCGGCGCCUACCUCGCCGACCCGUCCUCGCUGCCUUGCUCCGUCGUCGUCUCCCACGACGCCGACUUCGUCGUCAUCCGCGACAAGUACCCCAAAGCCACCGUGCACCUUCUCAUCCUCCCACGCUCCCCCGCCAUCUCCCUCCUCCACCCGUUCGACGCCCUCGCCGACCCUUCCUUCCUCACCCUCGUCCGCGCCGCCGCCGCCCGCGCGCGCAGCCUCGCCGCCGCCGAGCUCCAGCGCCUCCUCGGCCCUCACAGCGCCGCCGAAGCCGCCCGCCAAGCCGUCCUCGACGGUGCCGAUGGGGAGCUUCCGCGGGGGAGGGACUGGGAGGCAGAGGUCAUGGUCGGGGUGCACGCGGUGCCGAGCAUGCGCCACCUGCACGUGCACGUCGUGUCGCGGGACAUGCGGUCCGAGGCGCUGCGGCACCGCAAGCACUACAACUCGUUCAACACGCCGUUCCUGGUGCCGCUGGCGGACUUUCCCCUGGCCGGGGGGGAUGAGCGGAGGGACCCGCGGGGGCGGGGGUACAUGAGGAGGCCGCUGCGGUGCUGGCGCUGCGGGAGGGACUUUGGGGAUCGGUUUGCAAGGCUGAAGGAGCAUCUGGAGGAGGAGUUUGAGGCGUGGAGGAGGGAGUGA